UAUCUAAUUUCAGUAUUUUUUUGGUUAAAUUACUUACUCUCUCUCCCCCUAAACCCUAACGUCAUCUCUUAACUGUUCCCUUCCCCAACCCCUCCCAACUCAGUGACUCAGUCACUCUCCCCGCUCCUUCUCAAUCUCCGAUCUCUUCUUUUGGUCUUUUCUUCUUAAAUUUCUUCUUCCAAUUCUUCUUAUAGCUCUCUUUUGGUCUAAAUUAGUUUGUAUAAUUGUAUAAUUAAUAUAACUCUCUUUUUGAAAAAUUCAUACUUUUUCUCUUUGGUUGCUGAGAAAAAGGAAGGAUAGGAAAUAAAAUAGCACUAUAUUUAUUUUAAAUUCUGCGGAGGAUGGUUUACUGUAAUAAUUGCUCCAGAAACGUUUCUGGAGAACGCCUCGAUGAAGGUCUUUUGUCGUGUUCUUUUUGCGGGAAGGUGUUGGAAGAAUACAAUUUUGCAACCGAACCUCAAUUCGUUAAAGAUUCAGCUGGCCAGAGCAAACUGUCCGGAAAUUUUGUAAGGUCUGUUCAAGCUAUUUCAGAUUCACGUAGGCGUACUUUGGAUUAUGCUUCUGAGCAAAUGAGUGGUAUGAAGAAUGCAUUACAAAUUGAUGAUUAUAGUGAUGAUGUUGUUCAUACGGCUAGACGCUUUUAUGAAAUCGGCCUUGAGCGGAAUUUCACUAGGGGGCGCAGAUCAGAGCUAGUACAGGCUGCAUGUCUUUAUCUUGCAUGUCGGCAAAAGAGAAAGCCGUUCCUUCUUAUUGAUUUUGCACAUUAUUUAAAAAUAAAUGUUUAUGAGCUUGGCUCUGUAUAUCUGCAGCUUUGCUAUGUGCUGUACCUUGCUGACGGAAAAGAUCUUCAGAAACUAAUUGAUCCUUCAAUUUUUAUUCAUAAAUUUACAAAUGCUUUAAUUCCAGAAGGGAAUGAUGAAGUUGUUAAAACUGCACGUAACAUUUUAGCUAGCAUGAAACGAGACUGGAUGCAGACUGGAAGAAAACCCAGUGGAUUGUGUGGUGCAGCACUGUACAUUUCUGCACUUUCACAUGGUCUGAAGUUUCCUAAGUCAGAAAUUAUAAAGCAUGUUUACAUUUGUGAAGCAACAUUGUCAAAGCGGUUGAUUGAAUUUGAGAAUACUAACGCUGGAGCCUUAACGAUGGAGGAGUUUACGGAAAAGGAGAGGGAGCUUCGAACUAGUUCAUUAACUAGAAAACAACCAAAUACUGGGUCAAAAGAAACCAGCUUAGAUGAAGUGCUAUGUAGGCACAAGGAGAGAAAACCUUUUGCCUAUGGACUUUGUAAUGAAUGUUAUGAAGAGUUCAUGAAGGUUUCAGGAGGGCUUGAUGGAGGAUCAGAUCCACCUGCAUUCCAGCGUGCUGAGAAAGAGAGGCUGGCAAAAUUAUCUAUUGAGGAAAAUGCUAAAAGCAAAUCUAGCUGCACUUCUGCAAGUGGAUCUGAAAAACCUGAAAAUUGUGGAGCUUUAGAAGAUGCAACUAAUAAGGAAGCCAUUGAUGAGGGUGACAAUGAUAAAUUACCUGGAGUUGAUGGUAGUGAUGAUGAAUCAGAUAACUUCUCUGAUAUUGAUGAUUUUGAGGUUGAUGGUUAUCUUCACAAUGAGGAGGAGAAGCGUUUCAAAAAGAUCAUUUGGGAAGAAAUAAACCGGGAAUAUCUUGAGGAACAAGCAGCCAAGGAAGCAGCUGCAGCAGCUGCUAAGGAGGCUUGCAUGGCCAACUAUGAUAAAUGUCCAGAGGACCUCCAAGCUGCACAGGAGCUUGCCGCAGCUGCUGCAGAAGUAGUGGCAAAAUCUAAAAAGGAGAGGCUACAAAAGCGAGCUGCUGAAGCUAAAAAUGCAGGUCCUGCUAAGACUGCUGCUGAGGCAACCCGACAAAUGCUGGUUAAGAAGAGACUAAGCUCAAAAAUCAACUAUGAUGCGUUGGAGAAACUUUUUGAUGAACCGGUGGCUACAGAGAAAUGCAAGAAACAAAGAAUUGAAUCAAAUUUUGAUUCAGAUGAAAAGGAAGAGAGGGCCUCCAAAAUUGGCAAAGAUGAAGGUGAUUAUGAUGAAGGAGAUGAAGAAGAUGGAGGAAUUUAUGAUGAUAAUCCGGACUUUGACAAGCAAGUUUAUGAUUACGAUGACAAUGAGUAUGAUUAUGGUUAUGAUUACGAUGGAUAUUGACUCGUCAUCUUCAUCUUUGGUAAUAGAAAUUGGCAUCUCUAACAAGAACGGUUAUUUUCAAAACUCAAGAGAUAUGAACUCUACUCCUUUGAACAAGCAUUAGUAAAAAAGGGAGAUAAAAAAAUGUGGUUGCAAUUGAUAUUUUCACUUAAAACGUUGUUGAGGGUACAUUAGGGCUCUUUAACCAUAAGUAUUUGAGUGUUGGUAACAUAGAGCUCUUUAACAUCAUGUUGUUGUAUUGUGUUUAAAAUUAUAGAGUCUACUUUGGUAUUUAGACAGGCUAGGACUCCAGUUUUUCCUGGGGUUCAAUAUUAGGAUUUGAGAUUUUUAGUUCUUGUACACAAUUCGUGCUCAGUAAGGGAGAACAAAAGUAAUUAGUUCAUGCGCAAGCUUGAAGCCUCUGUAUAUUAUUUAUAAUAAAAAUAUUUUAUUAUUAAAUAUGAAUUUGAGUUGUGCUUA